CCCCAAAUAAAAAUGAAGGCGGAGAGCUUGAACUUUCAAGGUGAUCAUCUAAAUAAUACAAAUACCUGAAUAAAUCCUUUUUCAUAUAUUCUAUCCCUCUUCACUUUCUUCUCGGUCUUUCUCGUUUUAGUUCAUCCUUUUUGCCUCGCACCAUACACUCAUCGACAUCAGGAGUCUGCCUAUCUUUAGUCAUGGCGCUCAAUGAAGCUGGAGAUACAGCACACGACGUGGAUCCAAACAACAGCGCAAACGCUGAACUCGAUCAGAUAAGCACAGUUAAGGCGCUUUUGCUUAGUCACGAGGAAUUGCCAUCUCAGGAGCAGUUUGAGAAUCAAGAGAAGCUAUUUGGCGCCUUUAGCCAGCUUAUUCUCGGUCCUUCCUGCAAGGUGCGAACAUUUGGAAACAAUGGAACGCUAUAUGGCUAUCAGUCUUUCUCAGAGGAGAGACAUCUACUACUGGUGAGAGUCGGAUCUCAUGGGUUUGGGACAUGGAAACCCACCGACCCGAUGUCUUGCGUGUGCUUUGGCUCCAUAAGCAAGUCGUCAUUCUUCAGCCUAGCAGAGCAUAGACUUGAGUCAGUCGAAGGAGACGAGAAGAUCAUCAUUCUAAAGAAAUCUGCCGACCCAGAGAACGAAAUAAAUGAAAUGUUCCAUGUCAGCUGGCGAGGCUUUCGCAUAGGGCUUCAUUUUUGUUUUCUGGCCCCAUAUGGAAUGAGCAGAUGGAAUGAGCUUUUAUACAAUACUGCUGAUGAACCGACGUUAUCGAGUGACACAAUGAGGGCUUUAAAUGCCUGCAAGGACAUACGGUACAUCCACGACUCGGUCCCAAACCUGGAGAAAUUCAAGAUUGUAUAUCAUCUACUCCACUUGUGGGCACGUUAUCGUGGCAUAUACUCUGAGCAACUCGGUUACCUCAGCCGCGAACAGAUUUUGCUUCUCCUGAACCAUCUUUGGAAGACGCGCCAUUGCGAAGAAGAGCCGUUAUCCUCAAUACUCAACACGUUCUUUGCCCACUACAGUCAACUAGAUUGGGACAAAGAGAUCAUCGUCGACCCGGAACAUGGCACCAAGGACAUCAAUCCUCACGGCCGUCAUCGUACUCCUGUUUUCAUAUGCAAUCUCUUUCCACCCUGGAGGAAUGCUGCGUCACUAAUUUCAAAGAACUCUCUCGAACUGAUUCUGAGAGAGUUCACUCGCGCUGCAAAUCUGACCGGAGAUUCAGAGGUAGACUGGCAAGGCCUUCUAGGACUACACGGACUGCAUGAACAGAAAGACACGUUUUCUUUCACCGGAGCACAAUUCGUCCAGCGGUUCAGUGUCUUUGUUCGCUUCGAAAUGCGAUACUGGGGUUCUAAUGUGGCCAGCAGGGUUCAUUUUCUGAACUUGAUGGGAACUCAUUUUGCCUCUUUGUUCAGAAAACUCACCGAAUCAAACUUCAGGUACUCAUUGGCACGUUCUGGAAGCCUGGCAUUUGCAUGGCCUUACCGUCUACGUGAUCGCCCGAAAAGUGCAGAGGCGGAGGAGUUCUUCUACCUCAUGGGCAUCGAAUACAACGGCGCUCCUGAAGACCUAAACCCUUCCAAGAACAGCAUAAGGAGUGAAUGUGAUACGCUAGUCGAAUCCUUGUGUCGAGAUGGCAUAUUCGAUCCUACAACAGGAUGGGUCAGCAUCUCCGUUGUCGGAAGAGAGGAAAUCGCGGAAGUGUUUUCUGAUGGAGAGGGGGUCCCUGGAGAAUUAGAAAAAUACUUCAUACCUGACAGUAUCGGAAACUCUGGUCCUUUGGAGAAUAUAAAGACAGAAACGGGCCAUGAAGUUGUGAAGGAAGUGAAAAACGACGCUCCCAGGAAGCUUCGUCCCGCAGCAGAUGUCCUUAACCGACUCACUUGGGACCAUGAGUUUGACCGUAAGGACUAUAUCGUUGGAUAUGAAGAUCGAUUCUCUGGAGCACUCGAGAUACCACUUGACUCCUGGAAAGGCGACCCUACCGACGAAGAGUUUAUUCCUCAACACAGGAUAUUAUAUUUCAAACGCAAGAGCACAAAUGAUAUCGUUUGGGACAGAAGGAAAAAGAUCGACAAAAUCUUUGGGACAGCAAAUUAGAGCGAAAGCCAGUAAGUGGUCUCAAGAUCGGAUGCAAUUAUGCCUUUGCAGAUGUUGCAUGAUUAGCACUUGAACUUUCUAUUACAAAGCACCAGGAACAUUGUGAUACCCAAUCAUUUCAGUUAGGAGUAGUAGCCGAAUGUUAUCAUUGUGUACAUACUAGGAUUUGUCACUACUAGACACGGCGGAAUAGUGCCUGUUAGAUGAUGUGAACCGGCUGUUCUAGAAAAUAGCGUCCUAACCACAGCUUGUAAGAAAAAUAUGGAAUAAUCCAGAAGUCAGAU